AUGGAAACUCUAAAUUCGAAGCAAUUUGAGGAUAUUCUCGAUAUGCACUGGAAACUAACAAUUAUUCUAGUGUGCGCAUUUGGGAUAAUCAAAGAAUUUCGACCGGCAACUCCAUUCCUCACGCCUUACUUAAUUACUCACCCCAAGAACUUCACUAAUGUUCAACUUUAUAGCGAAAUAUACCCAUUUUGGACUUAUUCUUACUUUGUUGCUUUGAUUCCGUCCCUUUUCCUUACGGAUUUUCUACGUUACAAGCCUGUUGUUGUUUUGGAAGCGGUUACUUUAUGCGCAACCUGGAUUCUGCUGAUAUGGGGUAAGACAGUAUGGCAGAUGCAAAUUAUGCAAAUUAUGUUCGGAAUAGCUUCUGCUUGUGAAUUAGGUUAUGAAUCCUAUAUGUUUUUAAUUGUGGACUUCAAAUAUUAUGUGUCUGUUUCAUCUUACACACGCGCAGCUACACAAAUCGGGCGAUUUUUUGCUUAUGCUCUGGCACAAUUUCUCGUCUCGUUCAAUUACGGAUCAUAUCUACUUUUGAAUCAGAUAUCAUUUGUUGCUGUUUGCUUAACUAUACCAAUCGCUCUUUGUUUUCCACCUGUAACAGUUAGCAUCCUCAGAAAAAAGGAAUGCAAGAAUGCAGAUCUUAAUGUAAUUCAUAGUAUCUUUUCUGAGAGGUCAACAAGUCUUGAGCAAUGUGAUCCAAGUCACUGCCGCAUAACUAGUGAAAGUUCACAAUCUGCAAAUAUCAGCGCUGGAAUAUUGAAAUAUUUUCGUGCUACUUGUGUCCAGUUUACAAUAUUUACACGCAACAAGAAUGUACUGAAAUGGAGUAUGUGGUGGGCAUUGACCACAUGUGGAGUUUACCAGGUUAUGAACUAUAUACAAACACUUUGGGCCACAAUGCAAGUGCUCUCGGAAACAUACAAUGGAAUUACUGAAUGUGCAAACACUUUCAUUGGUGCGGCAAUAUCUUUUUCUGUUCAGUAUGUCCACUUGGAUUGGAAAGAAAAUGCAGAAAUAAUAUUAGCUUUGACGUCAGGUAUUAUCGCUGUAUUACUGGUAAUAAUGCCACUGUGUCAGUCAAUUACGCCUGCUUAUAUCUUAUAUGUUGGUGUUAUUGCCAUUUAUAACUUUUUAAUGACUGCUGCAUGUGCUGCAAUCGCAUCAGAGCUAGAUUCAGCUAGUUACGCUUUUGUCUUUGGAAUUAAUACAUUCAUUGCUCUUUCACUAGAAAGUAGUUUGACUCUUAUCGUUGCUGACAAGCAUGGAUUUGCUUUGUCUAUUCAAAAACAGGUCUUCUUAAUCUUCUUGUCUAUAUUCAAUGAGAACAUUUAA